AUGCUUGCGACUCGAGCUCUCCGCCAGGCUGCUGCCCACGCCGAGCGCACUCCUCUGAUCAAGUUCAUCGGCCAGCGAUCCAUUCCUUCAUCCCUCGACCACUCUCCCAAGCCUCACCCCGCCUCCCCCACGGGACAGUUGCCCGAGUCCUUUGCAACAGGUGGAAACGGCUCGUCUGCCUCUCGACAUUCGUCCUUCUCUUCCUAUCGUGACCAUGCCCAGCAGCACGGCCCCCUCCAGAAGACUAUUCGUGCCGUCGAAGGGGGCAUCGGUGGCUCUUCCGGAUCUCAACUUGGCUCUAUCCAGCCUCCAGCCGGAGUCUUUUUCGACGUCUCUGAGCUGCCGGCCAGAUUUCGCCGCGCCCCAAUUGAACUCGAGGAGAUUGAAGCUGUCGAGUCUGGAGGUGCCGCGCUCCUCGGUUAG